GGUUUCUGUAGCUACUGUUUCCUCUUCAUUUGUUUGGCCUCAGCAGCUGAAGUUUCACUUCACUUUCAACUUCUGCCUCGUUUUGUUCAACUUUUACGAUCAGGAUGAUAACGAUUAUUUUUCUCUGCGCGUUGCUAGCUGCAGCUCCAGCCUUACACCUGUCUGAAAAAGACGAGUCUCAAUUCAAGUCCUGGAUGACGCAGUACAACAGAGUGUACAACGAAGAGGAGUACUACAAGAGACUGCAGAUAUUCACGGAGAAUAAGAGGAGGAUCGAGAAACACAAUGAAGGAAACCACUCUUUUACAAUGAGUCUGAACCAGUUUUCCGACAUGACUUUUGGGGAAUUCAAAAAGACGUAUCUCUGGUCUGAGCCACAGAACUGCUCUGCAACCAGAGGAAACUACAGGAGCAGCAACAAGCUUCUACCAGAUUCUGUUGACUGGAGGAAGAAAGGAAACUACGUGACGGACGUGAAAAAUCAGGGAAACUGCGGCAGCUGCUGGACUUUUUCCACAACUGGUUGUUUGGAGUCUGUCACUGCCAUCGCCACUGGAAAACUAGUACCACUGUCAGAACAGCAGCUGGUGGACUGUGCUCAGGACUUCAACAACCACGGAUGUAACGGUGGUCUCCCCAGUCAAGCCUUUGAAUACAUCAUGUACAACAAAGGACUGAUGACUGAGGCAGACUAUCCAUACAGAGCUUAUGAAGGCUCGUGUGUGUAUCAGCCGGAACACGCUGCUGCUUUCGUAAAAGAAGUGAUGAACAUAACAGCCUAUGACGAAGCAGGGUUGGAGGACUCUGUGGCCACACGGAAUCCAGUCAGCUUCGCCUUUGAGGUGACCUCUGACUUCAUGUCUUACGACCAGGGCGUGUACACCAGCACUGAAUGCCACAACACCACAGACAAGGUGAACCACGCAGUGCUGGCCGUCGGUUACGGACAAGAGAACGGCACCUCCUACUGGAUAGUAAAGAACUCAUGGUCCUCUCACUGGGGGAUGAACGGAUAUUUUCUGAUUGAACGUGGGAAGAACAUGUGUGGACUCGCUGCCUGUGCAUCUUUCCCCGUGGUUUGACCUCUACAGUAUAAAGAGACACUAGUGUUCCAAGGCUGAGAGUGAAGCCAAAGUCAGUCUUUGGACACAGCUGGGGUUUAAAGCCAUAUCAGUAGUACAAUCAAUCAAUCAACUAAUCAAUCAAUCAACAUUUUACAAAUCACUUUUUCUAUUUGUCACAAUAAUGUGAAGUGUUUCUAACAAUGAUGGGCUAUAAUUUUAAAAUAAAAGCAUAAUAAUAAAAGUAUAA